AAUCGGCGAGCUGAGAGAACACGUGUGCCGUGUGCGUUCUGUUUUACGUUUUACCGCGAGGCGCGAGCUUGUCGCGCGCGGACGACGACGUGUCGAUCGGCGACACGUGCACGACGUUUCUUGAGUCUCUUCCUUGAUAUGCUUGGAGCGCAUCGCUCGGAUCGUCGACGUUACACGGUUACACCUUAUCCUAGCUCCAAUUAACGAUUCUACUAAUCUACUCUACGCCAGUCAGCAGCGAAUAUGGCGGCGAUGGAUGGCGAGGCGAAACUUGACAUGUAUGACGAUGUCACGUACGCUGUCGAUCCUCAACAUGUUGACGGUGAGAUGACAGUUGGUACAAAGCAGAGGUCGACUUUAGGAGAACCAGAAUUUAAUACAUUGGAUGAGCCUAUCAAAGAUACAAUUCUGAGGGACGUUCGAGCGGUGGGCAAGAAGUUUUUCCAUGUUUUAUAUCCUAAAGAGAAGAAAAGUUUACUGAAAGAAUGGGAUUUAUGGGGACCAUUAAUAUUGUGUACUUUUAUGGCAAUGAUAUUGCAAGGUUCAACUGACAUAGCAGACAGUUCAAACGAUGGAGGACCCGAAUUUGCAGAAGUGUUUGUUAUUGUAUGGAUUGGAUCUAUGGUUGUUACAUUGAAUUCGAAAUUGUUGGGUGGAAAUAUAUCUUUCUUCCAAAGCGUUUGUGUCCUAGGGUAUUGCUUAUUACCGACUGCCAUUGCUCUAAUUUUAUGCAGAAUCAUACUGAUAGUGCAGCAAAGCAGUCUUCUAUUUACUCUUAGGUUGAUGAUUAGCAUGAUUGGAUUUUUGUGGGCAACGUAUGCAUCGAUGACAUUCCUUGGCGACAGUCAGCCCACAGGCAGGAAGGCAUUAGCAGUAUAUCCAAUUUUCCUGUUUUAUUUUGUUAUAUCGUGGCUAGUUAUAUCCCACACUACAUAAAACGCAACACAACAAUUAAUCUACUACAAGACUGCGCAUUGCUCUGACCUUCUGCGUAAAUAUCAGGAGACGAUGAAAAAGUAAUCAGGAGAUGAUACAAUGUUUUUCAUACAUGAUAUUUUCCAAGUCCUGCAUUUGGACAUAUUCCAAUAUUGUGCUUUCGUAAAUAAUACACAAGUAUAGUAGACAAGUAUUUAUUAUCGUCAUAGAUAGUCAUUCAAUAUGUCAAUUAUGACUAUUAAGAGACUUGUAAUUAUAUUUAAAUCUCACUAAAUGCACACUGCAAUUCAGAUAAAUUUAAUGUCAAUACAAAAAUAGAUUCUUUCUCCGUGAAUGGAAAAUUAGUCAGAUUGGUACAUAUUUAUACAGACUUAUAAGAAAAAA